CGCACACUGUCACACAUUGUGUUGCGAAGACGUGAUAACCUUUUGGCAAUAUUUAUUUUUUUCCGUCAAUUCGCUCAAUGAAUCUCCUCUAAUCUAACAUAGUUUUUUAUUAAAUUAAAUUAAUUCCAGUCAUUGUUAUGUUCUGCUAGUCGGAGCAUCAGUACAAAAGCAAUUCAAGUCGUAGUUCUUCCGAUUGUCUAAUCAAGCAAGCCAAAAAAUGUCAAGAGAUGGUCUUUUGUGUGGAUUCGGGAAUCCAUUGCUCGAUAUUUCCGCCGUCGUGGACGAUGCCUUCCUCAAGAAGUACGACAUGAAACCGGACAACGCAAUUCUGGCCGAAGAGAAACAUAUUCCGAUGUACAAGGAACUCGUGGAUACUCACAAUGCUGAAUUCAUUGCUGGCGGAUCCGUACAGAACUCGUUGCGCGUGUGUCAGUGGGUUUUGCAGCGGCCGAAUGUGACGACGUUCUUCGGAUGCGUCGGAAAUGACGAUUAUGCGAAAAUUUUGGAGAAUAAGGCGCGCGGAGACGGUGUCAAUGUGCGUUAUCAGGUCUCGGAGAAGGAAGCAACUGGCACGUGUGGCGUUUUGGUGACAGGAACGAAGCGUAGUUUGUGCGCCAAUUUGGCAGCAGCGAACUUGUUCACGCCGGACCACAUCACGAAGAACGAGGAAAACUUUAAAUUUGUCGAAAAUGCGGAAUAUUACUACAUUUCGGGAUUCUUCAUUACCGUAAGUCCGCCAACGAUCAUGCACGUGGCGAAAUAUGCCGCCGAGAAGGAUCGUUACUUCAUGAUGAAUCUCAGUGCUCCCUUCAUCUGCGAGUUCUUCAAGGACCCGCUGAAAGAAGCCAUUCCCUACGUGGAUUUCCUCUUCGGCAACGAAUCCGAAGCACUCACCUUUGCGAAACACUGCAUGGGACUCGAAACGGAAGAUCUCAAGGAGAUCGCCAUGAAAAUUGCGCAACUCCCGAAGACGAAUGCCAACAAGAAACGCAUCGUGAUUAUCACGCAGGGCUAUUUGCCCGUUUUGGUGGUGCACAAUGACACAUUGACGGAAUAUCCGGUGGAGAAAUUGGAGCCGCAUCAAAUUACGGACACAAAUGGCGCCGGAGACGCGUUCGUGGGAGGCUUUCUUGCAUGUUUUGUGCAAAAGAAACCCAUGGAUGUGUGUGUCAAGUGCGGCAUUUGGGCUGCAAAGCAAAUUAUUCAAAGGUCUGGAUGCACUUUCGAAGGCAAACCAGAUUUCGCUUGUUAGACACGCUUCCACGCUGUUAAUAAAGUUUUCUUUUUUGGACAAAAUUAUA